AGAGGAAGAAGAAAAACAAGGUGAUAAACAUGAGAAAGGAGAAAAAGACGAUGAAAACGAAAAAGAAAUUGAUAAUAACUUAAAUUGUAAUGAAACUGAGACAAUAUCAAUUUCUACUAAGAAAAAUGCAUUUUUCUUAAAAGAAUGUAAAAAUAUAGGCAUACAAGUUCAAAGUGAUUUAAUGAUCCUAAAAUUCUCCUCUUUAAUUACAUCAAAAGAAGAAUUAAGUACACUAACUGGUAUUCCUACUUUUGAAGUAUUAAAUUUACUUGAAGAAUUAGUCGUAACCGUACGACCAAAACACAAAACAUCUUCAAGAUUUGACUUGCGAGAAAUGAUUUUGAUGACUUGUAUGAAGCUAAAGCAGAAUUUAUCUUACACUGUAUUAGCAAUUUUAUUUAAAUGCUCUAAAGAUACCUGUAAAGAUAUUAUUUUUGAUAUGAUAAAUAAUUUAAAUCUGUGUUUGAAACCUGUUAUCUAUUGGCCAACAAAGUAUAAUAUUUUAAAAAAUAUGCCGGGAUGUUUUAGAGGCUUCGAAAAUGUUCGCGUCGUUAUUGACUUUACUGAGAUUCGCAUCCAGAGACCUUCAAAAUUAUGUUGCCAAUUACAAACUUACUCAUAUUAUGAAAGUACGUACACUGUAAAGUUUAUGACUGGCAUGACACCAGCUGGAUUAAUUUCUUUUGUAAGCAAACCUUACGGUGGACGCGUUUCUAAUAAUAUGAUUUUCGAGCAAAGUAACUUGUUAAAAAAAAUGGAUAAAAAAGAUGCAUUAUUGGCAGACAAGGGAUUCACUGUUGAUAAUCUUUGUAAACAACAUGACGUGACUUUUGUAUCACCAUUAUUUAUUGGAGAUAAAACUCAGUUCUCUAAGACUGAAACAUUAUUAAAUCACAAUAUUGCUAGAGCUCGCGUUCCUAUUGAACGCAGUAAUCAGCGAUUGAAGUGUUUUAAUAUCUUAAGCAACACAAUGCCAAUGUGUCUUCUCAGUAAAGUUGAAGAAAUUUUUAAUGUUACCUGCGGUCUAGUAAAUUUGAGUGCACCAAUACUAGAAAAUGAUAAGUUUUUUUCUUAAACUACGAGGAAUUCAUUUAUAAUAAGUACUUUAUUUUAUAUUAUUUAUUACAUCUCAGAACGUCAACAAACUUUAAUUUAUGAACUUUUUAACUUUUAUAAAUUACAUAAUAGAUAAAACAUUUAAGAAAAGUAAAAAUUUGUCAAUCUUGUUUUUGUU